ACUGCCACCACCCCUUCUGUCCUGUCCCUCCCACUGUUCUCUCACACCUCUAGGAGAAGAUGUCAGCCCAGGACAGCUGCCUCAGCCUCAUCAAGUACCUCCUCUUCGUUUUCAACCUCUUCUUCUUCGUCCUAGGCAGCUUUAUUUUCUGCUUCGGCAUCUGGAUACUCAUCGACAAGACCAGCUUCGUGUCCUUUGUGGGCUUGUCCUUCAUGCCCUUGCAGAUCUGGUCCAAGGCCCUGGCCAUCUCAGGAAUCCUCACCAUGGGCCUUGCCCUCCUGGGCUGUGUGGGGGCCCUGAAGGAGUUCCGCUGCCUCCUGGGCCUGUAUUUUGGGACACUGCUGCUCCUGUUUGCCACACAGAUCACCCUGGGAAUCCUCAUCUCCACUCAGAAGGUCCAGCUGGAGCGGAAAGUGGAGAACGUCGUGCUGAAGACGAUCGAAACCUACCGCGCCCACCCGGAGGAGACGGCUGCGGAGGAGAGCUGGGACUACGUGCAGUUUCAGCUGCGCUGCUGCGGCUGGAACUCUCCUCAGGACUGGUUCCGUAUCCCCAGCCUGAGGAGCAACGAAUCGAGAGGGCAUCGCGUGCCCUGCUCCUGCUAUAACUCAUCGGCGACCAACGACUCCGCAAUCUUCGAUAAGAUCUCCUUCCCUCAGUUCAGCGGGCUCGGACAACUGGCGCGGCCCCGACACAAUGCAGACAUUUGCUUGGUCCCCGCGAACAGCUACAUCUACCGUGAGGGCUGCGCACGGAGCCUCCAGAAGUGGUUGCACAACAACCUCAUCUCCAUAGUGGGCAUUUGUCUCGGCGUGGGUCUACUUGAGCUCAGCUUCAUGACGCUCUCCAUAUUCCUGUGCAGAAACCUGGACCACGUCUACGAUCGGCUCGCUCGGUACCGAUAGGCCCCGACCUUCCCGAAGCCCUGCCCCGCCCCCCUCAAGUGCCCUGGGCAUUUAGUUCCCUGUCGCCUGUAAAUAUUUGUUUAAUCCCCAGCUGGUCCCAGCCAUUGAGCCCUCAUUCCCCUCGGGGACCCAGAGGUCUGCCUCACCCGCUGUUGUCACCUCUCCCGGGGGACCUGGGGUUUCCGGCCACCAGCUUCCUGCCCCUAAAGACACCUCAUUUCUUUGCCUCUUCUGUCGGCCUACCACCUCCCACUAGAUUAUUUUUAGCCCAAACGCCAAAUAAAUCCCCUGCGUUUUGGUAAAA